AUGAAUCGAAACAUCCCGAUUGGCAAUAAAAUAUGUGCAACAAAAGAAAUAUUCUAGAACCAAGUCAUUCUUAAUACUCAUCUCUUGACUAUGAGACCAUAAAUCAAUACGAGUGCACCUAAACAAUAUGAUUUCCUCAAAAACAAAAAGAUCAAGGAUGCCAUCAAAUCACAGAAGCAAUAAGAAAUAGACAGAGAAAACUAAAAUCUCAUAUCCAAACUUACCACUAUUAUGCAAUAAUAAACAAAUAAUUCCAUCUCCACUCUGGCAAUUAAGAAAUCUGCCACCAUGAGUAUUGCCCAAAAGAAGUCACUCAACAAAGAUUACAGGAAGAAAGAAUUAAUUAAGAUCGUCAUGGAGAAUUAGCAACUCUUGAAGAGAAUCUAAGAUUAGAAAUCACAAUACAAUGUUAAGGAUUGGAAUCAAGAGCGAAAAUGGGUUGAAAAAUAUAUCUCCAAUAUAUCCGAAUAUCCCUAUAAGGAUUUCAAACCCACCAAAACUCUAGUACAAUAUUGGACCAACUCAAGAAUUAGCGAGUCCUAAUUAUAAAAAAGAGAUAAUCUUAACAACAAGAAAUUAGAUCCCUUAGAAAUCAAAAGCCAAUAAAAUAAAUAAAGAGCCAGGCAAGACAACAACAAUACAGAUUCCAGAUAGCUCUUGACCAAUUAAGAAAAUUAGCAAAGAAGUCUCUUUGAAUCUGAUUUCUAACCUUACGAGCCCUAUCAAGACAAAGUGAGCAAAAUAGUUAAUGAGAUCAUUGAAAAGCCUUAACUCUAAGAAUAAGAAGUUAAAAAAGAACAAAUUUAAGUUGCUGAUGAUCAAAAUCAUCAAGACUAACCAAUCCCAUAAGAAAAUCCGGAAAUUGUGGCAACCGAUAAUCUGUAAAGCAAAGACUAAGACGAAAAUCAGAAUAAUGAGCAAGAAUAAGAUUUACAAUAGUAAAAUGAAGCCAAUAACUUGAUGGCCAAUGCAGAAGAAAACUAAGAGCAACUGAACCAGGAAUCUAAUAGUCCUCAAUAGAAUCAUCAAAAUAUUCAAACUAUUGAUUUUGAAUAGUAAAAUGAAGAACCUUUAGACUAAUAAAGUUCAGAAAAAUUAUAGGAUUGA